CUAAUACUAAGUAGUUGGGAGAAAGCAAAAAAUGUAGGUGAUCACAUUGAUUACACUUUGUAUAGCUUGAAAUUAUAAAUCGGACUCUCAUGUGAUCUUGUUGUUGUACUCGGUUGAAUUCUUUCUCUCGCUCAUACGUACAUACAAACAUAAAUUAUGUCGACAGAAACGGAGAUCGUGAGUGUUCUUCAGUACCUUGACAACAAAUCCAUAUUGGUCAUUGGAGCUGCUGGGUUCUUAGCAAAUAUUUUCGUGGAGAAGAUAUUAAGGGUGGCACCUAACGUGAAGAAACUCUAUCUUCUUCUAAGAGCAUCAACUGACAAAUCUGCUACCCAGAGGUUUAAAGACGAGAUUUUGGGGAAGGACUUGUACAGGGUACUGAAGGAGAAGUAUGGUCCAAAUCUAAAUCAACUUAAAUCUGAGAAAGUUACUGUUGUCAAUGGGGACGUUUCCCUUGAGGAUCUGGGUCUUCAAGACACUGACUUGGAACAUGAGAUGAUCCACCAAGUUGAUGCCAUUGUUAAUUUAGCUGCAACUACUAAAUUUGAUGAAAGAUACGAUAUAGCACUUGGUAUCAACACACUGGGUGUCCUCAAUGUCUUGAAUUUCGCCAAGAGAUGUGCAAAGAUUAAUAUCUUUGUUCAAGUAUCAACAGCUUACGUGUGCGGGGAAAAAUCUGGUUUGAUAAUGGAAACACCAUACCGUAUGGGUGAGACGUUGAAUGGAACCACCGGCCUAGACAUCAACCAUGAGAAGAAAUUGGUCGAGGAGAAACUUGACCAGCUCCGUGUCACUGAAGCCUCUCCUGAAACCAUCACUCAAACCAUGAAAGAUAUGGGACUCACCAGGGCAAGAACGUAUGGAUGGCCAAACACUUACGUUUUCACAAAAGCAAUGGGAGAGAUGAUUGUAGGGGCAAAAAGGGGAAAUUUACCACUUGUGUUGAUUCGUCCGACAAUUAUUACUAGCACUAUCAAAGAACCAUUCCCUGGCUGGACCGAAGGCAUCAGGACCAUUGAUAGUCUAGGUGUCGGAUAUGGUAAAGGCAGACUCACAUGCUUCCUUGGUGAUCUUAAUGCUGUUUCCGAUGUGAUGCCAGCAGAUAUGGUAGUAAAUUCGAUGUUAGUGUCGAUGGCUGUUCAAGCUGGAAAACAGAAAGAAACUAUUUAUCAUGUGGGUUCCUCGCUAAGAAAUCCCUUGAAGAAUAAGAAACUUCCUGAGAUAGCAUACCAUUGUUUUACUACCAGACCAUGGACUAACAAAGAAGGGAAGCUGGUUCGUGUAAGGAAUAUCGAGAUUCUAAGCUCUAUGGCUAGUUUCCACAGAUACAUGGCCAUACAUUACUUGAUCCCACUAAAGGGACUUGCAUUAUUAAACAUUGUAUUAUGCAAGCUUUUGGACAAAAGUUUGAAGGAUUUUCAUAGGAAGAUAAACUUUGCAUUCCGGCUCGUUGAACUUUACCAGCCCUACCUCUUUUUCAAUGGAGUAUUUGAUGAUACAAACACGGAAAAGCUGCAAGGAAUUGUGUUGAAGACAGAAGCCGAAACCGAGAUGUUCUAUUUUGAUCCAACAGUUAUCAAUUGGGACGACUAUUUUGUGGAUAUACAUGUUCCUGGACUGGUUAAGUACGUUUUCUAAUGAUGUCAUUUGUGUAACCUUUGUUUUAUCAUGUUCCAACGAGUAUAAAAUGUGUGAAAAAUAUAGUACUCGUUGAUCUGUUUUUAUUCGGCUAUGUUUUCAAACUUGGGAUGUUGCUCUUUUAAAAUUUUAAUUUCAGCAUUUGCAUAUCUAUAAUGGAACUAUAAUUUUUCAAUAAAAUUUUAUAUGACGUCUUAUGUUC